CCGUCACUGUCCCCUUACCAAGGGACUGUCAUAGACAGGCUGUCUCAUCUCACCUCAUCGUCAUUAGCUCCGCUAUCCCUUGAAGAGUUCUUCUUGUCUAUUCCUCCUUCCAAUCCACAGGCUGAAGAACCAGAGCACCAUCUCCAAUCCCGCACGCUAAUUCAGGGCAGAGGGCCCCAAUUUGUGCCUGUACCCCUCAUCUGGUGACACUUCUAGUGGAGCACAGCUCAAGAUGCCUGAGCCCACAAAGAAAGAGGAUGGUCAACCUGAAGAGAAUGUUGCACCAGGCACUGGGGAGGCCCUGCCCCCAGCUGAGAUUUCUCUUGAGGUGUCUCCACCAGAGGCUGCAGUGGAGGUCAAAGAUCCAGAUCCCAUAGUGACUGUACCAGAACAAGAGCCAGUAGUUCCUGAGGUCCUAGAGCCACAGCCAAUAGUAACUGAGGUCACUGAGCCGCAACCAAUAGUGGCAGAGGCCACAGAGCCACAGCCUAUAGUGACAGAGCCUGUAGAGCAUGGACAGGUGGAGCCAGAGCCCAAACAAGAUGUUAAGGUGGUACAAGUGUGUGAGGUUAAGGAGGAGACCCCCAUUCACUCCCCUGCACCACCAAUGAAUGAUGCAGUGAUGGCUGCUGAUACGGUCCCGAUAGUCAUGGUGGUUCCCCCUCCUCCCCCUGCCCUCAAAGAUAAAGAUGAUGAUAUCACUGCCAGCACUCCAUCACCUCCUCCCCCAUCAGAGGAUGGCAGCACACACAAGAAACUUUCUGUUGAUCUACCUAAUGAUAGCGUCCCUGAGUCAGCCAAGGGGAGAAAAGACUCAGUGUGGUCUUUGGGGGAUGGCCAGCCGCCCGAGGAUAUUGACAAGCAAGUAGAAAAUCCCCCCCUCUCUACCUUACUGAUUGAGAAGCCCCAGGGUGGCUCCAUCUCUGUAGGUGGAGACAUUACCUUCAUCGCAAAGGUAGAGGCCAAGGACUUGCUUCGUAAACCAGCUAUCAAAUGGUUCAAAGGGAAAUGGAUGGAUCUGGCCAGCAAGACAGGGAAGCAUCUGCAGCUAAAGGAGAGUUUUGACCGCUUCACCAAGAUUCACACAUUUGAGAUGCACAUCAUCAAGGCUAAGGAGAACUACGCUGGAAACUACAGAUGUGAGGUCACCUAUAAGGACAAGUUUGACAGCUGCUCUUUUGAUCUGGAGGUCAAAGACGUUCCGGAGGUGUCUCAGAGCAUUGACAUUCGAUCAGCCUUCAAAAGAAGCAGUGAAGGCCAGGACGAUGCAGGGGAGCUUGACUUUAGUGGGCUUCUCAAGCAUAGAAACACCAGAGAACCCAAGCAGGAGGAGGUGCCAGAGGUGGAUGUGUGGGAGAUCCUGAAAAAUGCCCGGCCAGAUGAGUACGAGAAGAUUGCCUUCAUGUAUGGCAUCACUGACCUCCGAGGCUUACUGAGGAGAUUGAAGAAGACAAAGAAGGAGGAGAAGAAGAGUGAAGCUUUCGCGAAGAAGUUGGAGCCUGCAUAUCAGGUGGACAAAGGUGGGAAGAUAAGAUUAGUAGUGGACAUGGCUGACCCAACGGUUGAUCUGAAAUGGUACAAAAAUGGCCAAGAGAUCCGUCCCACUCCUAAUAAUAGGAAGUUUAUCUUUGAGCACAAGGGCACACAGCGGAUCCUGGUCAUCAACAACUGUCAGAUGAAUGAUGACGCUGCCUAUUCAGUGGUUGCAGGAGAUGAGAAGUCUUCUACUGAACUGUUUGUGAAAGUUUUGCCAGUGAAGAUUGUCAAAGAGCUGGAGCCUGUGAACACUACAGUUAAUGAACGGAUCGAGUUGGAGUGUGAGGUGUCAGAGGAAGGGGCACAGGUUAAAUGGUUGAAGAAUGGGGUGGAGGUUCCCACUGGAGUGCGUUCAAGAUAUCGUGUGAAAAGUGAAGGCACCAAGCACUGGCUGAUCAUAGAUGAUGCCAUGAAAGAGGACACAGGCACAUAUUCCCUCAUGGCCACUGGGGGCACCUCUGAAGCCCGUGUCCAAGUGGACUUGAAGCCUCUGAAGAUUCUGCAAGAUCUCCAGGAUGUAACAGUACUUUUGGGCCAGCCACUGAAGUUGCACUGUGAGAUUUUGCCUGGAAAUGUUCCAGGGCGCUGGUAUAGGAACGGACAGCUCAUCCAGUCCAGUGAACGCAUCACCAUUCUGCACCGAGCCAAGAACCACAGAAUAGAAGUUGAGAGCUGCACUCUUCAUGAUUCUGGAGAUUACACUUUUGUGCCAGAAGGGUACUCACAGAGCCUCUGCGCCAAAGUCCACAUCAUAGAUCCUCCUAAAGUGCAUUUGGAGGCUUUGAAUGCUCCAGACAACACUGUCACUGUAGUGGCAGGAAACAAACUGCGUUUGGAGAUCCCCAUCAGUGGAGAGCCUGCUCCCAGAGUGGUGUGGAUGAAGGGAGAGAGGGUCAUUCUUGACACGGGAAGUCGGGUUCGUGCAGAGACAUUUUCUGACCACACCUGCCUCACUAUUGAUGUCACAGAGAGAGAGGACACUGGAAACUACAAGAUUGUCCUGCAGAAUGAAGCAGGAGAGGACACAGCCAGUGUUAAGGUCAAGGUUGUGGAUAUCCCUGAUGCCCCUGGGGCUCCUUUGGUUCCUACAGUUGGUGGGGACUGGUGUUCAAUGACAUGGGAUCCUCCUUAUUAUGAUGGUGGUUCGCCUAUCUUAGGAUACUUCAUUGAGAGGAAGAAGAAGCAGAGCUCCAGGUGGAUGAGACUGAACUUUGACCUCUGCAAAGAGACCACAUUUGAGCCUAAAAAGAUGAUCGAGGGAGUGCCGUAUGAGGUGCGAAUCUUUGCUGUGAACGCCAUCGGUGUGUCCAAACCCAGCGAACCCUCCAAACCUUUUGUUCCCCUUGCUGUCACCAGUGAACCUACAAUGCUUGUAGUGGACGAUGUCACAGACACAACUGUGACGAUGAAGUGGCGCCCCCCAGACACUAUCGGUGCCGCCGGAUUAGAUGGGUACCAAGUGGAGUACUGUCUGGAAGGAUCGGAUGAGUGGAUACUUGCCAAUAAAGAGCUGACAGAGAAAACCAAGUACACCAUCACAGGUCUGACUCGGGAAGCCAAGAUCCUAGUGCGAGUAAAAGCUAUUAAUGCUGCUGGACCCAGCGCACCUCGCACCACACAGCACUCUAUUCUGGUCAAAGAGGUUAUUGAGCCUCCGAAGAUUCGCAUACCUCGGCAUUUGAAGCAGACAUACAUGCGCAAAGUCGGAGAAGUUGUCAACCUUGUUGUGCCAUUCCUGGGCAAACCCAGGCCAAAAGUUAACUGGCUGAAGGACGGCCAGCCUAUUGACCCCACACAGAUCAACAUCCGCAACUCAGACUGUGACAGCAUCAUCUUCAUCCGUAAGGCUGAGCGCAAGCACUCUGGGAAAUAUGAUAUGACCGUGCAAGUGGAGAACCAUGUGGACACAGCCGUUCUGGACAUCCAGAUAGUCGACCUUCCUGGUCCUCCCCAGUGUGUCAGAAUUGAGGAGGUCUGGGGUGAGAAUGUAGCUCUGGACUGGACGCCACCCAAAGAUAAUGGCAAUGCCCCCAUAACAGGAUACACCAUACAGAAGGCAGACAAAAAGACGAUGGAGUGGUACACAUGCGUGGAGCACUACCACCGCACAUGCAUCACUAUCAGUGAUCUGGUGGUAGGCAACGAGUACUUCUUCAGGAUCUUCUCUGAGAACAUGGUGGGCCUGAGCGAGAGUGCCACCAUCACUAAAGACAGUGCAGUCAUUGUGAAGGAGGGCAUGAACUUGAAGAACCCAGAGUACAUUGACUACGACUUCACUGAACCACCCAAGUUCACUCAGCCUCUCAUCAACACCUUCGCCAUCGCUGGCUACAACACCACUCUUAACUGCAGCGUCCGUGCCAACCCACGGCCUAAAGUGAUCUGGAUGAAAAACAAGAUUAUGAUCUUAGAUGAUCCACGCUACCGCAUGUUCAGCAAUCAGGGUGUGUGUACGCUGGAAAUCCGGAAGCCCAGCCCAUUUGAUGGAGGUGUGUAUACCUGCAAGGCCAUCAACGACCUUGGGGAGGCACAGGUGGACUGCAAACUGGAGGUCAAAGGAGGCUUUACGUUCUUUGAGCUGAUGAAGCGUGGAGUUCCUUUGCAUCUUAUUGACAAGUACAUGAGCGACACAAAGCCCUCAGAGUCUGAGAAGAAGGGAUCUGACUGACGGCUGAUUCACCCAGAGCUUCCCCAGUAAUCCCUGAGGCCCCAUCAAUGACGUGUGUGUCCAGUCUUUGGCAUGGCAUGUGGUGUUCGGACAUGGACCUAUAGUUCCCAUAGAGAAGUCUGUUCAUGACCAGCUGUACCCAUCAACCCUGCUUUCAAGAAAGGCCGCUUUUCCCAAAGCCCCGUUGAAGCUCAGAUGCAUGUCUACAGUUGAAUUGGACAGUAGCUUCAAAAUACAAAGCCGCUGUAUUAUGAAAGAUAUUUAAGGCAUUCGUUGAUAAAUGUGGUGAUGCAGUCAUGCUGUCAUUUUGUUCUGGGUUCAGGAAGCAGGCCUAGCCGCUUCCACUGAAUAGGAUUUAGGAUAUUUUUUUUUUCUUCUCUUUUAUUUUGCUCUUCCCAGGUGUCUCAUCCUCCCUCCAGUAUAUGUGAUGCAGUAUAUGUGAUGAAGUAAUCCACUAUGCAAACUAGAAACAGCAUGAAUCAUCUCUCUGACGAUCGACAUGUUGUAUCAGUUAAAAGUGCUAAGCCUGCAUUUCUAACUGAAUCCAUGCAGAAGAUGAAAAUAUUUGUCUAACGUGUUUAAAGACGAUACGUUGUUCCGUUUAGCAUGGUUGAGCUGAAUAAAUGUCACAAUGUGAAAACUA